AUGUUCCUUAAUUUCUGCCUCUCUGCAGGAGAAGAUUCAAGCAAUCCAGCUCAAGAGGAAACAGAAAAGAAUAAUGUGACUUCAUGGACAGAAUUUAUUCUUCUGGGUUUUUUAAGCCAAACGAAAACACCUGGAGUCAUUGUGUCUUUUCUUCUCUUUAUGUUCCUUUUGGUCCUGUCUGAAAACAGUCUCCUUUUCUACCUGAUCCAGGUGGACUCUGAUCUUCGUUCUCCAAUGUAUUUCUUUCUUAGUCAACUGUCCUUCAUGGAUAUCUGUCAAACGCUAGCAAUUGGCCCCAAAAUGAUUGCAGAUUUUUUAAUGAAGAAGAAUGUAAUUUCUCUGACUGGAUGUUCAACUCAGAUAUUUUUCAUACUGCUAAUGGGUGAAGCUGAGUGCCUCCUUCUUGCUGCACUGUCCUAUGACAGGUAUGUGGCAAUCUGCAAGCCUUUGCAAUAUCCAGUCCUCAUGAGGAGGAAUAUCUGCCUCAUCUUAGUAGCUGGGGUUUGGUUCAGUGCCUUCUUACAUGCCUUGGUGCCCUGUGUUUACGUUCUGCCACUGUAUUACUGUGGUGCCAAUGUUAUUAAUCAUAUCUUUUGCGACUUGCCAUCGAUGUUAAAGUUAUCCUGUUCUGAUACGUCUCACUUUGAAAAGACACUAAUCUUCAGUGGCAUUACCUUGCUCAUUAUCCCUUCAUCAGUCAUUUUUGCCUCCUACGUUUACAUUCUCGGAACAGUCUUGAGGGUGCGCUCAGCUGAAGGAAGUCACAAGGCACUCGGGACUUGCUUGUCACACUUGAGUGUGGUGGGACUCUUCUAUGGGGCAGCUAUGUUCAAAUACCUGAGACCCAGGUCCUACCAAACGCCAUUCCAAGACGAUAUGGUUUCAGUGUUUUGUACCAUUGUCACUCCCAUGCUCAACCCACUCAUCUACAGCCUGAGGAAUCGGGAUGUGCUAGCAGCACUGAAAAAAAUUUUCCUACAGUUUUUAUCACCCAUUCCUGCAGAUCUAAGAGAUCUCAUGCAUCCCUGGGAUGUGGUGGAGCUAGUUGGAAAGCUUUGGGGAUUGGAUUUAGCUCCCAGCAGCCUAUCAUAA